AUGUGUGACUUGAUUAUUUGUUUUGAUGAUAGUCAAAUAAUUACUAAUAAAAGAGUAAAUUGCCAAUUGCAAUUAAAGCAAAAUCUUUCUAAACAGGCUAGGAAGCGCCUAAAUAUUAUUAAGUGCAUCGCUGGUAGGGAUUGGGGAGCAGAUGCAACUACUCUUAGGACUUCCUACCAGGCUCUUGUUAGACCAAUUCUUGAAUAUGGCUAUCCUGUCUACUGCUGUGCUUCUCAAUCUAACUUAAACAAAUUGGAAAAGGUUCAACUGAGCGCCGCUCGCAUCAUCACUGGACUGAAGCGUAGCUGCCCUUCAGAGAUCGUUCUUUACGAAGCAGAUCUGCAACCUCUUAACUUCAGAAGGCAAGCUAAUUUAGUGAAAUAUUACAAUAAACUUUCCAGUUUAGACCAAGGCAAUUUAACUGCUAUUUACCUAAAUAACUGGACCUGCAAUCAAAGGCUAAAGAAAAACAGUCCUUUUAGUCAUGUUGAAUCACAACUGUUAAUCGCUGAAAAUAUUGAACCUCUUUAUCUUCAUAGCAAUCUUAGUACUUGCUUGGAUCUUUCCAAUGUUUGUUUCCAUGAAAGCCUCCCUACCAUGCUUGACAAGAAAGACUGUGUGCCUGACUUCCUCAGACAGUUGUCCCUGGAAAUCAUCAAUAAAAUCCCUCCAAACGACAUCAAAAUAUUCUCUGAUGGCUGUAAAAUGGAUAUACAGACUGGCAGUGGGGUAUUUAUUGAAACACCUCGAGAGAACUACACUCUUCAUCAACGAAACCCCGAUUUUUGCUCCGUCUUUCGAAGCGAACUAAUUGCAAUCGACAGGGGACUAGAGAAAAUCUUGAGUGAAGGGCACCUUGGAAAUACUUGGAUACUAUCUGACAGCCGUAGUUCAAUUCAACACCUCAAAAAUUGGGCCCUCAUUGGAGAUAAAACCAGUUUUUCGAUCUUACAAAAAGUAAAGCUCAUUUCCCAACAGCAUGAGGUCCACUUUCAAUGGAUCCCGUCCCACGUCGAUAUCCACGGCAACGAGUUGGCUGACACUCUUGCAAAGAAGGGACUAGACCAUCCAGUCCCCUCCACCUCAGAGCUUACAUACCUUGAACUUUUUGCAAGGCAAAAGGCCCAGAACAAACAAAAGUGGCUGCUUCCACCUUCCACCUAUUCACUACUGGUAUAA